UAUGGGUGACGAAAUUCAUUACGCAAAAGGAUGGGAAGGCAGAUUUCGUGAGCUUUUCUUUGACGACGUUACUACUGUGUAUGAAGGAUUUUUAAGGGGAUUGUCAAUUCAAGACGGAAACAAAAGAUGUCUUGGUGUUCCUAAAAAUAAAUGUUAUACAUGGUUUACUUACAGACAGGUUCACCAAAAGGCUCAACAUGUCGGAUCCUAUUUCUCUUCUAAGCUUCCAGAAUCGAACGAUGAAAAUUUAAAAUUUGUCGGAUUAUUCUCAGCUAAUUGUUUAGAGUGGGAUUUAACGGACCUUGCUUGUUCCAUGUUCUCUUUAACAUCGGUACCAAUUUAUCAUACAUCGGCAAGCGAAAGUACUUCUUUUAUAAUUAAUCAAACUGAAUUAUCUAUUCUUGUUGUCGAUACAAUUGAAAGAGUUCAAUUUAUACUCGACAGUAUUAACAAUACACCAAGUCUAAAGGAGAUCAUUGUUUGUGAAACUAACAAUGACAAAGUUAACGAAUUGAAUGAAAAGUAUGAUGGAAAAAUAAAAGUGACCGCUUUCGAAAGUCUAUUGAAUCACGAAUUAAUUGACGUUACACCUCCUGAACCGGACAAUGUGUUUUCUAUUGUUUAUACUAGUGGAACAACUGGAUAUCCCAAAGGAGUGAUUGUUACUCAUAAGAAUAUGAUAGCAACUGGUGCCGGUUUAAUGGCUCAUUCUCUAGAAACUAUUAAUGAGCCAGUUAUGGAUGAAGACGAUAUUGUGUUAUCAUUUUUACCGUCCGCUCACGCUUACGAAAGACUUUGCCAUGUGUUUGUUUUUAUGUAUGGAGCUUCUAUUGGUUAUUCUAGAAAUGAUCCUAAAUUAUUGCUUGAAGAUUUACAAUGUCUCAAGCCAACUUUUGUACCAAUGGUACCUCGUUUACUAAACAGAAUAUACGAUAAGAUUAAUUCCGCUGUUGGUGCUUCUUUCGUGCUGAAAAGAAAGCUUUUUGAAGCGGGAUUAAACAAGAAAUUGACCCUUUUGCAAAAUGGCAUCGUUAAUAGAGACACCUGGGCUGAUAAGCUAGUCUUUCGUAAAAUCUGUAAUAUGUUAGGCGGAAGGGUAAAACGUAUGACCACAGGAAGUGCACCAGUAUCAGCCGACGUAUUAAAAUUUACAAUGAGCGUUUUCGGUUGUCUUCUUGGAGAAGGCUACGGCCAGACAGAGUGCUCUUGCGUGGCAACAUUUACCGAUGACGCCACAAAAGCUAUUGGUGGGCACGUUGGUAAACCCUUAAGUACAUGCGCCAUUAAAUUAUUUGAUGUACCUGAAAUGGAAUAUUUCGCUAAGAAUAAUCAAGGCGAAGUUUGCAUUAAAGGGCCAAUCGUUACUCAAGGGUAUUAUAAGAAUCCUGAAACGACAGCUGCAACCUACGACUCGGAUGGAUGGUUGCACACGGGAGAUAUUGGUCAAUGGACUGAGGAAGGAAAUCUAAAAAUAAUUGAUAGAUGCAAGCAUAUAUUCAAACUGGCGCAAGGAGAAUACGUUGCUCCCGAAUAUUUGGAGACAAUCUACACGAGAAGCCCUUAUGUCGCUCAAUGUUUUGUUGAAGGAGAUUCAAUGAAGACUUGUACAGUUGCCAUUGUUGUACCUGACGAAGAAACCGUUAUGCCUUGGGCAAAGAAAAACAAACUUAAUGGUACAUUCCAAGAAGUAUGCGAGAACGAGAAACUGAGAGAAGUCAUAUUAGCUGAUAUGAGAAGAGAAGGAAAGAAGGAAAACGCUAAAUCAUACGAACAAAUUAAAGCUAUUAAGCUUAUUACUGAGUUAUUUUCUGUUGAAAAUAAUAUUCUUACACCAACUUUCAAGCUAAAGAGAGCGAUGGCCCGAAAAAUUUUCAAAAAUGAUGUUGACACUUUAUACGAAGAAUUGGAUGCUAUUGAGAAGAAGGCUCAAGAGGAACUAAAUUCUAAUACUAAUGGAGUCAAAGAUAAGAAUUAA